AUGGCCUUUGCCCCCGCGACCCGCAGAGCCCGCCCCGCCCUGGCCCUCAUGAUGGCCCUUGCAGGGCUUUAUGCCCUCUUCUGCAGGAGCUCGGCCUUCGUCUCCGGUACCCCCUCGCUGCGCAGCCCAGGGCGCUCAGUGGCGGUGUCCCGAGAGUCGAAGGUGGACGACAUUGUGGAGGAGCUCAAGGGCUUGACAUUGCUAGAGGCCUCGGAGCUUGUCAAGGCUAUUGAGGAAACCUUCGGAGUGGAUGCCUCCGCAUCCGCGGGUGCAGUUGUGAUGGCUGCCCCAGGCGGUGGCGGCGGCGAGGCUGAGGCUGCCGCAGAGGAGAAGACGGAGUUCGACCUCAUCCUCAAGGAAGUGCCCAAGGAGAAGAAGAUUGCAGUCAUCAAGGCAGUGCGGGCCAUCACUGGUCUCGGUUUGAAGGAGGCCAAGGGCUUGGCAGACAACCCGGGCAAGAUCCUUGAGGCCAAGCCGAAGGAGGCGUGCGAGGAUGCCUUGAAGCAGCUCGAGGAGGCAGGGGCCAAGGCAGCCAUCGAGUAA